CAUAGUCUCGGGUUCACUUCAGCUUCAGCUAUAAGAUGUGAUUGCCAGUUAGAAGUUUAGUCAGAAAGUGAGGACACAGAGGAAGCAAUGGCAUCAGCAGAGAACGAAGCAACUCCAUUGCUAUCAAAUAGCAAGAAUAAAAAUAAAAAUAAUAUAAGAAAUGGCUGGCUCUUUCUUGCUGCCUUUUCGGCUGUUUUGGGCAAUUUCAUUUUCGGGUACGCCAUGGUAUUUCCUUCUGCGGUGAUUCCACAGCUUCAGAAGGAGAAGGAUUCAAAUCUGCACAUGGAUGUUCAUCAGAUUUCCUGGUUUGGGUCUGUUUUUGCGAUUGGAGCUAUAGUAGGAGGAUUAAGUGCCAUGGUGCUGAACGACAAAUUGGGAAGGAAACACAGCAUCAUGAUAUCUGUAAUUCCCGCCACGGCAGGGUUUCUCAUGAUUACGACAGCUCAUAAAGUGUGGCUGCUACUCCUGGGCAGAUUUCUCACAGGUGUUGCUGGUGGCAUUACAGCAAGCUCCAUUCCUGUCUACGUGUCAGAGAUUUCACAUCCAGGUGUGAGAGGAGCCCUGGGAUCUUGUCCACAGAUAAUGGCUGUUUUCGGAAGUCUGGCACUCUAUCUUCUGGGCUUGGUUCUGCCAUGGCGGUGGCUGGCUGUAGCUGGGGAAGUUCCUGUUCUGAUUAUGCUAUUCCUCCUCUGCUUCAUGCCGAACUCCCCACGUUACCUCAUCAGCAACAACAAACGUGACGAGGCCUCUAGAGCCCUGAAAUGGCUGAGGGGCUCUGAAUCGAACUACACUGCUGAACUCAAUCAAAUUGAGCGCAGUGUCAAUUCACAGGUUGGAAUACAGUGGAGAGAUCUUAGGAGUCCCUUCUUCUACAAGCCAAUCUUGAUCUCUGUGUUCAUGAGAUUCCUGCAGCAGAUGACGGGUAUUACACCAAUCUUGGUUUAUCUUCAGCCUAUUUUUGAGAAAACUGCCGUUUCACUGGAUCCCAAGUUAGACGCAGCAAUAGUGGGACUUGUUAGACUGUUAUCUGUUGCAAUUGCAGCUGGUUUAAUGGACAAAGCUGGCAGGAAAGCUCUGCUUUACACAUCAGCUUUUAUAAUGUAUCUGUCUACACUGACAAUGGGCAUAUACAACCACAAAACACCAUGUGAUAUCGUUAACAUUACUGCCACGGUCUCGUCUGUGGCAAAUGCAAAUGAAGCCAUGGCAAGUCAUGGUAUAAGCUCCAGCACACUUAUCCCUCUCUUCAGCAUCAUGUUUAUAAUAUUUGGUUACGCAAUGGGAUGGGGUCCAAUCACAUGGCUCCUGAUGUCGGAGAUCCUGCCAACGACAGCACGUGGAGUUGCUUCAGGCCUGUGUGUGGCGGUCAGCUGGGUCACUGCUUUUGUGCUGACACAGGUCUUCAUGCAUGCAGUGGAGGCAUAUGGGCUUUUUGCACCGUUUCUGUUCUUCUGUGUAGUCUGUGUGGUGAACAUCAUAUUCACAGCCAAGUGUGUGCCUGAAACCAAAGGACGUACGCUGGAGGAAAUUGAGAACUAUUUCAGAACUGGACGCACUUUCACCAUUGCUGAAAGCUGAAAGGCAUUCAGGGAAUCUCAGAAAGGUUCUUCUAGUCAGCAUAUGCAAAAGUUGUUUAUCCUGUUUGUAAAGUCCAUUAAACAAUGAGAUAUUAUUUUCUUACCACCAAAAUCAUCUCCUUAAAUGCUAACUGACUCCCAGUGAAGCUGUGUGUCCCACGACCUGAUAUGACAUUUUAAAGUACUUUAAAUCGGCCAAAGGAUCACAGUUAGGCCAUGUAUCAGUGAAGUUCUAUAAGUGGAUGCUUACAGAGUUCACUGGAUAUUUUCAUGCAGGCUAUUAUGUCUAACAAAAGCAGGUCAUGUUAAAUCAAGGAACAUCGCUAUAUUGUAGUUACCUUUUAAGCAAUAUCUGAUGUCAGAUAAUAAUACAGUUCAUAGAUAUUAUUUCAUAGAAAGCAUGUAGAAAAAUACAUUCGAGUGUUAGAACUGACAGACUAUAACAGACAUUACAGACAAGUUAAAUCUGGUUUAAUCUGAGACAAUAUUCUCUUCACCAGAAGAUGGCACUCAUGUGCACUGUGAGCAAAGCUUCAAGUAUUUUCACGGCAACAAUUUUUGAAAUGAACAUACCUCUACAUUUUAAAUAUUUCUAUUUUACUUGAGUUUUUAUUUCACCUAAUGCUUCUGAUGUUUACUUACUGCUGUCUCCAUUCACCUUUAUACAUUUCUCUUAAAUCGUAUACGUAGAAAGUGAUAUUUUAACAUCAUUUGUAGCUACAAACUCUUUCUACUUCUACACUUUAACAAGUUCUACUUAUCAGCACAGGAAACUGGCUGCUGCAGUGUGCAAUUUGUGUGCAUUUAUCAAGAAAGUUUGUACUGUGACAACUAACAAUGACAGCUAGUUUCGGCUAGAUUGUAUGGUCAGAGUUAGUAUCAUGCUAGCGAACAUAAAACAGAUAAUUUACCAUCAGUAACUAAAGGAGGUGUGAGAUUUCCUUUUGUGAUUUUAUUUCUUGUUCUUUUUGUACCUGUACAUUUGUAGCCGAUUUUACCAGAAUUAUUAAUUUAUUGAUUUAUUAAACUGCAUGCACUUUGA